AGUUUGAACCAGUGAAAAUUUUGACCCACCCUCACCAAUGUUGUCACUAGGUUUUAAAAGGGCAAGUGUGGCCAGAAGCUUGGAGUUCACGCGGACCGUGGCCCAGCUCACAUCCAUCCACGCUGUUCCCAGCGUGAAAACACCCGUGGGAAGAGUGAAUCACUCUUUGGAAGCCUCGAAUGAGAGAAAGUGUUUAUUGACUAGACCCGGUCUUUUGGGAAUAAAAAGAGGCAUGAUCACAUGGUUCACCGACAGUGGUGAGCUGUAUGCUGCCACCGUCAUAGAAAUCGACGCUUGUGAAGUUAUACAAAACAAAACCUUACUGACUGAUGGUUAUUGGUCGGUGUUAUUGGGACAAGUGGAUAAGUUGAAGAAUAUCAGUGAAAAUAACUUGAAAAAAUUCGAACAAGCUGGAGUAACUCCCAAGCAUCACAUUGCUGAGUUCAGAAUCAGAGAUGGUUCGGGCUUAAUACCAGUGGGUACUGAGUUGAGAGCUGAUUACUUUGCUGUGGGACAACAAGUUGAUAUCAAGGGAGUCACCAAAGGGAAAGGUUUUGCUGGACCCAUGAAGAGGUGGGGAUUUGCCGGUUUACCAGCCACCCACGGUGUUUCAUUGGCUCAUAGAUCGCAUGGUGCCAUGGGUGGUAAUCAGACCCCCGGUAGAGUUUUACCUGGAAAGAAAAUGGCCGGGAGAAUGGGAGGAAAGAACUGCACUGUUUUCAACAACCAAGUGUUGUAUGCCAAUGGAGACGAAGGGAUCUUGAUAGUAAAGGGACAAAUCCCUGGUCCCAACAAGUCGUUUGUAAAGAUCAGAGAUGCCCUUAAACUCUAUGGUAAAUCGCUCUUACGAAUCAAGCACGAGAAAGAAGGAGGCGUGGUGGCUUCUAGUAGUUAAACUGUACAUAGUAAAUAUCAUAUCACCCACUGUCAAUAAUGCUCUCUCAUCACCUGGAGGUACCGGACUCGGAACUGCCAGGAGAAAAAAAAGGGUGUAUGACAGUUCAAAACAUCCCAUUAAAGGAGAUCCAAAAAUUCCAAAUACGCCAUUGACAAAGACAGUUCCCGGAUGUUUCUGGUAAAAGGCAAGAAACAUGUACGAACAGAAACUGAUCUUCUGGCGA